AUGGGGGCGAGAUGUCCCAAGUGGUUAGAGCGUGGAUUUACUGAGUGGAAGGUCCGUCAUUCGAAGCAGACCUCUGCCUCUCGAAUUCCCUCGUCUAGGCUUGGGCAACCUGGCUAUAUCCCGGCCCUCGUGCUUCCUUUGGGUGGCAUGGCACAGAAAGCCUGUGAAAUGGGCGUAACUCUCAGCGAUGAGGAAUUAGUUCACAUGUCCACCUCAGAAUUACGUUCGCUGCUGCUUAGGCGGCAGGUUACUGCUGAAGAACACAAACAGCUUCGAAACAGGCGUCGACGACUACAGAAUCGGAAAUAUGCUCGAAAAUGUGCGCUAAAAAAGCUGACGGAGGUAGAAAACCUCGCAAGUGAAGUGAAAGAGGAGUCUGCAGAACUUCAGGCCCUAAGACAUCAGUUGAACCGCCUCAGUAUUGUUACUCGCCGAAUUCAGCACCAAGAGGCAACCCUAGCCAGUUUUCGUCGCAAGUUAGAAUCUGAUUUGUGCGGACGUUCGGCCUCUGUUUCAACUCCCGUGCGGAUGCUACUUUCCGAUGGCACCGAAGCUGGUGUCGCCCAUCCUGCCCGGCUGACACCCAGCGUGUCACCACUUUUGCAGAUGCCUCACCCGUCAACGAAAGCAGAAUCAUGCGCUCCGCCUAACAAGCCUGAUCAACGUUCUGAUCACAAACCGUUGGUUAUUCGACAACCGUUGAUUCAUCCAAUGCCGAAUCCAAUCACUACCUCGAGGCUACCUGUCGGUUCGCAGCACAACUCGAUGCCGCUCCAGCUGGCUGCAGGUCCGGGCAUGCCAUCCAGCACCACUCCAUUCUAUUCUGCCUGGCCUCCAGCUGAUAAUAGUCCACGUUUACCCAUUCACCUUGUUCGUCCAGUUGGCUGUGGUUUUGCCGCCAACGGGCGGAAUAUGCCAGAAUUCUAAACGGCAUAUUGUAAAAACAAAGCUCGAGUCAUCUUCCAGUAUACCGAGUGAAAUUUCAUCGUAAACUGCGCCUUUAGCUGACUGUGGUCAUCGUUUGAUUUGGUCACUUAAGUUCAUGUACACCAUACGUUCUUUCAUAUGCCCGAAGGUCAGUGAAGCUGCUGGGUGAUUCUCAUCUGUUCCCUUUGUGCCCUUCAAAUGUGGUUGUGAAUACUGAUGUUUCUUGGCCUAGUAACACACUCGUAGUGCAUUGCUGGCACCGGGACGUGCUUUAUCUAAUGUCAUCCGUUGAUGUUUAUCAAUUGCGAUUCACUGAUAAAAACAUACUUGUCUAACACACAC